GCGACACUGCUUUCCACUUUGGGUUGCCAUGGUAACACAAACGUAUACAAAUUUAGUUUAUCUUCUUCAUGUAACAUUGCCCAUUAUUUUGCGGAAAAACGUCAACCUGUUUUAUAUCAUUUUAUACCACAACAAUGCCACCCAAAAAGAAAGGCGGUGGUGGAGGAAAGGGAGGUAAGAAAAAGUCAGAGGGAUAUGUCAUUGAUGGUGUAUCAACAACAGAAAUGACUCGAGAACAACUGGAAGCAUUUGCCCAUCGUUUACAGGAAGAAAUGGAAAGGGAGCGAGAAGAACGUAACUUCUUCCAACUUGAAAGGGACAAACUCAGGACCUUCUGGGAAAUAACAAAACAGCAACUGGAGGAGAGUCGUGCAGAACUGAGGAACAAAGAUCGAGAAAUUGAAGAAGCUGAAGAAAGACACCAAGUGGAGAUUAAAGUUUACAGACAAAAAGUGAAGCACUUACAAUAUGAACAUCAAAAUAAUCUUUCAGAACUUAAGGCAGAGAGUAUGGUAUCACUUAAGAUGGCCCAAGAUGACUACAAUGAGCAAGAAACGGAGCUCCUUAGAGACAAAAGAAAACUUAAAAGUCAGCAGAAAGAACAAGAACUAUCCCAUCAGGAUGAGAUUCGAACAAUAUUCAUGAACCACAGUGAAGAACUUGGUAAAAUUCGUGGUACAUUUGAAGUUGAAGCCCGAGAGAUUGAAGCAAAAUAUGAAAAGCGACUAACAACUCAGAGAAAUGAACUUAACCUAAGGCACAGAAUGGAAUUAACUGAAGUUGAAGAACGAAAAAAUAAGCAAAUAGCUGAACUAAUGAUGAAUCAUGAAAAAGCAUUUUCAGAUAUAAAAAACUACUACAAUGACAUUACCUUUAAUAAUCUUUCGCUCAUUAACAGUCUCAAGGAACAAAUGGAAGGAAUAAAGAAGAGAGAAGAACGUAUGGAAAAGCAGUUACGCGAUGUCACAGUAGAGAACCACAAAUUGGUAGAACCUCUGCAACAAGCUCAGGCUGAGGUUAAUGAAUUGUCCCGCCAAAUGAAAAAUUAUGAAAAAGACAAGAUUUCACUAGCCAACACAAAGACACGUCUUGGAUUAUGUCAGAAGGAUUUUGAGGAGUUGAAAUGGGAAAAUGAAGUUCUGGAGCUCCGAUUUGAGAAACUACAACAAGAACGGGAUGAUCUACACAAUCGGUUUGUAACAGCAAUAUUAGAACUGCAACAAAAGACAGGGCUCAAGAAUGUCUUACUUGAGAAGAAACUGGCAGCCCUAAAUGAUUUACUGCUGCAGAAACAAGGUCAAAUUAAUGAGGUGUUAGCAGCAGCUAAUCUAGAUCCAACAGCAAUGGCCACUGUGAACAAGAAACUUGAGGAGCUGCUGAGUCGGAAAAAUGCUGCCCUCCAGGACCUGCAGUAUGAGUUGGCAAGGGUAUGCAAAGUACAUGAUGAUCUUCUCCAAACAUAUGAGGGAAAGCUAAAGCAAUAUGGCAUACCAAAGGAGGAGCUGGGUUUCAUACCACUGCAGGCCACUAUGCGCGGCACUCGAAUACGUCGCGGACCUGCUGGUUUUGUCACCACAAAUCAGUAGACUGAAUCUCCUCAUCUAACAUUACAGAUAACUCAUAAUUAUGCUACACAAAAAUAAAACUUAAAACAGCUUCUAUACUACUGUAGUCAUAAUGAAACAUAAAUAUGAGUAUGUAACACCUUUUGUACAUAAACAGUAUGACUUGUCAUAAAAAAUAAUGAAUCAUAAGUAUAACAGAAGUAAGGUAUUUCAGCAAGAAGUAUUUUUGACAUAUAUUAGCAACAUAUGAAAUGAACUUUCUUGUUACAUUUAUGGAAUUCAAUAACAUACAAAAUAUCAGUUUUGAAUACUGUUCUGCAUAUCAAGUAAAAUACUGUUUCAUUAUA